GGGAUCCCCACGAAAGCUGAAGCUCGUUCUCAGCUCUUCCCCUUCUUAUCGCGCAGAGGAGAGGGGGGAGAGAGAAAGCGCGAGCGAGCUCAGCAAUGGCGGCGAAAUCUAUCAUCUCCGUCGCCGUUUGCUUCCUCCUACUGAUCUCAUUCUCUCUCUUCAUCUCCACGGAUGAUCUCACCUCCCGUCGCUUCUCCUUCUCCCUCCCCCUCCCCUCCUCCUCCAACUCCUCCCUCCGCUGCGCUCCCGCUACCUCCGCCGCCGCCUCCAGGCCGCCGCCCCUCAAGGUAUUCAUGUACGACCUCCCCCUCCGCUUCAACUUUGGCAUGUUCGGCCACCGCCGGGAUUCCGAUCCCGAUCGCGGUCUCAGCCCUGAUCGGGCAUCCCCGGCGGCGGAGGGGGGAGGUCGCGAGCUGCCUCCGUGGCCGCACGAUUCCGGAGUCGGGAAGCAGCACAGCGUGGAAUACUGGAUGAUGGCGUCGCUGAUGAGUGGAGGAAAUUCGGAGGAAGCGGGGGCGGUUAGGACUUUUGAUGCGGAGGAGGCGGAGGCCUUCUUCGUGCCCUUCUUCUCGUCCCUUAGUUUUAAUACCCACGGGCACAAUAUGACUGAUCCGGAUACCGAGAUCGAUCGGCAACUGCAGAUUGAUCUCCUGGACUUUCUGAAGAAAUCCAAAUAUUGGCGACAAUCUGCAGGCCGUGACCAUGUAAUUCCAAUGCACCAUCCAAAUGCUUUCAGAUUUCUCAGGGAUCAGGUGAAUGCCUCGAUUCUUGUCGUUGCAGAUUUUGGGCGAUAUCCCAGAUAUUUGUCUUCCCUGAGCAAAGAUAUUGUAGCUCCCUAUGUGCAUGUUGUGGAUUCCUUUCUGAAUGAUGAUCCUUCUGACCCAUUUGAAUCCCGCCCUACACUUCUCUUCUUUCGAGGACGAACAGUCAGGAAAGAUGAAGGAAAGGUCCGUCUGAAACUGGCGAAGAUUUUAAAAGACUAUGAUGAUGUGCGUUUUGAGAAUAGCUUUGCCACUGGAGAAGGCAUAAAAGCAUCCUCGGAAGGCAUGCGGUCAUCCAAGUUCUGUUUGCACCCUGCUGGGGAUACUCCCUCGUCAUGUCGUCUCUUUGAUGCAAUUGUCAGCCACUGUGUCCCUGUAAUUGUGAGUGACAAAAUUGAACUCCCCUUUGAGGACGAGAUCGAUUAUAGUGAAUUCUCGCUAUUCUUCUCUGUUAAAGAAGCUGUUCGACCUGAUUACAUGGUCAAUCAACUCAGACAGUUCCCAAAAGAAAGAUGGACUCAGAUGUGGAGAAGACUGAAGAGCAUUGCUCACCACUAUGAGUUCCAACAUCCUGCCAAAAGGGAUGAUGCUGUGAACAUGAUAUGGCGGCAGGUGCGGCAUAAGCUUCCCGCAGCCAAUCUUGCAGUACACCGGAGCAGAAGGCUCAAGAUCCCAGAUUGGUGGAGUUGAAGGUGAUGACUGUAUGUAUAUUAGGUUACAUACAUGUCAUCUUUUAGUGGACUAAAGUUUAUACGUGACAUUGUUCGUUGGUCAUUCAUGCAAGUGGGUCCUUGUGGAUGGGAAUCUAUUCUGAUCAAAUGCACCAUGAGCUGCAGUGUGACCAUCGAGCAGGUUGUUGGUUACCGGCAGGUGACCUUGAUUGUUAGUUGUAUACUCAUGUUUCCUCCAUCGAUGUAACUUUUAUACUGAUUCUUUUCCCAUGUAUCAAGAAUCUGAGACUACUUAAUAAAAGUGAAGGACAUUUUGACUGUUUA